GUGGUGUAAAGUGGGUUAUUGCGAAGGGAGUUCCCUGGGAUGAGAGCUGAUCGCCAGCUUUCCUUUUGGACGCAAAUCCCGCUUUAAUCCCUGCAGCCUUCAGUCCGAGCCCUGGACGGCCUGUGUCCCCCGGCGAUUCCCAGACCUCCCAGGACGCCGGACGGGAGCCCUUGGCCCUUCUUUCUCCAGUAGAGGAGCAAAGGUUUUGCUUCCUAAGUGCACACACCACACACUCACGCACGCACACGGAGAGCGAGCAACCUCGCGGUCCCCUCCUGCCCUCCGCAUCCUCGCCCCGCGCGGCUAGGCCACCAUGGAGGUGCUGGAGAGCGGGGAGCAGAGCGUCCUGCAGUGGGACCGCAAGCUGAGCGAGCUGUCAGAGCCCGGGGACAGCGAGGCCCUCCUGUACCAGACGCACUUCUCAGAACUUCUGGAUGAGUUCUCCCAGAAUGUCUUGGGUCAGCUCCUGAAUGACCCUUUCCUCUCUGAGAAGAGUGUGUCGAUGGAGGUGGAGCCAUCUCCCACAUCCCCAGCGCCUCUCAUCCAGGCUGAGCACAGCUACUCCCUGUGCGAGGAACCUCGGGCCCAGUCACCAUUGACCCAUGUGCCCACCAGUGACAGCUUCAAUGACGAUGAAGCAGACAGUGAGAAAUGGUACCUGUCUACAGAUUUUCCUUCGACCACCAUCAAGACAGAGCCUAUUACAGACGAGGCACCCCCAGGACUUGUUCCCUCCGUCACUCUCACCAUUACAGCCAUCUCUACCCCUUUCGAGAAGGAGGAACCCCCUCUGGAAAUGAAUACUGGGGUCGAUUCCUCGUGCCAGACCAUUAUUCCUAAGAUUAAGCUGGAGCCUCACGAAGUGGAUCAGUUUCUGAACUUCUCACCUAAAGAAGCCCCCGGGGACCACCUGCACUUACCGCCCACCCCGCCCAGCAGUCACGGCAGUGACUCAGAGGGCAGCCUGAGCCCCAACCCACGCCUGCACCCAUUCGGCCUGCCUCAGACUCACAGCCCAGCCAGAGCCACGCCCCGGGCCCCCUCCGCUCUCUCCAGCUCCCCCCUCCUCACAGCUCCUCACAAACUGCAGGGAUCAGGCCCACUGGUCCUGACCGAGGAGGAGAAGAGGACUCUGAUAGCUGAGGGUUAUCCCAUCCCUACCAAAUUGCCCCUAACAAAAUCAGAGGAGAAAGCCCUGAAGAAAAUCCGGAGGAAAAUCAAAAAUAAGAUUUCUGCCCAGGAAAGUAGGAGAAAGAAGAAAGAAUACAUGGACAGCUUGGAGAAAAAAGUCGAGUCUUGCUCUACUGAGAACUCGGAGCUUCGGAAGAAGGUCGAGGUUCUGGAGAACACCAAUAGAACUCUCCUUCAGCAACUCCAGAAGCUCCAGACUUUGGUGAUGGGCAAGGUUUCUCGCACCUGCAAGUUAGCUGGCACGCAGACGGGCACCUGCCUCAUGGUCGUCGUGCUGUGCUUUGCCGUGGCAUUCGGCAGCUUCUUUCAAGGCUACAGCCCCUAUCCUUCUGCCACCAAGAUGGCCGUGGCCAGCCAGCACUCCACGCCGGAGCCGUACACAGCCUCCGUCGUGAGAUCCAGGAACCUGCUGAUCUAUGAGGAACACUCUUCCCCCGAGGAGCCGUCCAGCCCGACCACGUCUGCGGAGCUUGGGCACUGGGAUAGAGGCACCUCCCUUCUCCGCGUGUCAGCGCUGGAGUCCGGGCCGGAUGUGGAUCUUUCCCAUUUCAUCAUCUCGAAUGAGACCAGCCUGGAGAAGUCAGUGCUUUUGGAGCUGCAACAGCACCUGGUCAGCGCCAAACUGGAGGGGAACGAAACACUCAAAGUUGUAGAACUCGACAGAAGAGUGAACACCACCUUCUAAGGAGGCUCUCCUUCAGUCCUCUCCCCCACUUCCCUUCAUUCUACCUUUAUACCCUGAAAUCACCUUUGUCAUAAGCUUUUCCUCUUUGCCACUGGAUCUUGAUGAAGACAUGGACGAGCAUUAGUGGCUUCAGAUGGGAGGCCAGCCUGGGAUUUCCCCUGCAGUGAGAGAGCACCUUCCCCCCAGUCCACACCCCUCUGUGCAGAAGGGACCCCACAUCCCUCCCUCCCUUGCUCUUACUGCCAUAGGAUAUUAUUUUAGGGGUGGGGUGGGACAAGCAGGCUUGUUUCCACCAGUAGUGCCAAAAAGAUACUGCCUGAUUCACACUUGUGAGGUGUGACCCCCCACUCUUUGAAGAAGAAAUGACUCAUUCAAUCAAGACCCCAGAUGCUAGCCACAAAAAAUGCCACAAUGCCUGUUGGGAUUCGGCAAAGCACUGACUCACGUCCUCCCUUGCUCACGGCAGGGUCUCCGGUGGGAACGCGCCGAUGGCAGCCCGCCGCCCACUCUGCCCCUCAGAGCCCUCGCUGGGUUGCCGGCUCUGGCAGGCGAGGGCUCCCCUCAUCGUUCUCAGGCCGCAAGUGCAAUGCCUGAAGGGAUCAGGCUUCUCUACUCCAGGCAAAUCUGCCCCAUCUCGUUGCUUGUAGGACUUCCCAUUACCCGGUCCCCACACACCCAUAGUUCUGCCUCCCGGCUUCUCCUCCCCGUGUGUAAAUAGUAUUUAUUAGCUUGCUGAGUAUUCUUGCUAGACAGCCACACUGAAGAGAUUCCAGGCCUCCCCUCAAGCGAGCAAGGUCUCUUCCUGGCCUUUGGAGUGAGGAGAGCACCCUAGGCUCUGGGAUCCCCAAUCUUUCCGGACAACAUUU